UACCCUUCACCCUGAACGAAAGCAUCUCCCCUCCCAAAACCCCCUCCUUGUCUCCUCCUGACCUUCUCAUCCGGCCUCCGGCCGACACCAUCCGCAUCCGAUGGAGUCCUCCCUCCUCCUCUCUUCCUCCCGCCCCCUCAAGCCGUCCCUGCUCGCUCCCUCCUCUCGCGCCUAUCGCCGCCACGCCUGCUUCGGCUCGAGCCCGCUGUCUCGAUGCCUCCUCCCGUCCCCGCCGCCGCGGGCCCGCCGGUGGACCAUGGCGCCGCGCGCCGUGUCUGAGGUGUUCGACGGAAUUCACAGCCAGCACAAUCCGCCCGGGGUCGGACGCGGAGGCGCGCGCCGGAAAGCCUACCGCGAGGUCCAAGGGGAGCCCGCCGCCCCUCCCCUGGCGGUGCCAGCGAGGGGCGUCACUGGCUACAUCGUCCCGGCCGGAGCGCUGCUCGCGCUGAGCUUUGUCGUAUGGAGGGUGGUUCUGAAUUUUCUCCCCGGGAAGAAAAAGGACCGGACUUCUGCAGAACCUACAUCUUCUGGGAUCAUGUGGUCCUUUGCUGCUGGUUCCAAUUUGUCAACAUCUACGAGCUUUAAAGCUGAAAAGGAGUCGAAGAAAAAUCUGAACAGGUUCUACAAGGAACUUAGGACUCUGAAAAACGUUAACAUGGCAGGCCGUCAAUUUGGGGAUGAGGGUCUAUUCUUUCUAGCAGAAAGCUUAGCCUAUAACAAGAGUGCAGAAGAGGUGGACUUUUCUGGCAAUGCGAUAACAGCUGUGGGAAUAGAAGCCUUUGAUGGCAUUCUUCAGAUAAACACAGCUCUAAAAACUCUCAAUUUAUCUGGAAAUGCUAUUGGAGAUGAAGGAGCUAAGUGUCUUUCAGGUAUAUUGGUAGAAAACGUAGGUAUUCAGAAGCUCCUGCUGAACAGUACCAAUAUUGGAGAUGAGGGGGCAAAAGCAAUUUCAGAUAUGCUGAAAAAGAACAAAACAAUACGUAUUGUACAGCUCAGCAACAAUGUUAUAGAAUACAGUGGUUUUGCAAGUAUUGCAGAAGCACUUCUGGAGAAUAAUGCGCUAAGAAGCUUGUAUCUGAAUGGCAACUAUGGUGGUCCUCUCGGUGCAUCCAGCCUAGCAAAAGGAGUUGUCGGGAACAAAUCUCUAAGGGAACUUCACUUACAUGGAAAUGGGUUUGUGAACGAAGGGUUACGUGUGUUGAUGUCUGCGUUAUCUUCUCACAAAGGCAAGAUCACGGUCUUGGAUAUUGGCAACAACAACAUUACAUCAGAAGGUUCUCUUUAUGUUGCUGACUUCAUCAAAAGGACAAAGUCUCUACGAUGGCUCAGUCUGUACAUGAAUGAUGUCGGCGAUGAGGGAGCAGAAAAGGUUGCAGAUGCUCUGAAACAGAACCAAACAAUUUCUACUAUGGACUUUGGUGGUAAUAACAUUCAUUCUAGAGGGGUAACUGCAAUAGCUGAGACUUUGAAAGAGAAUGCAGUGCUGACAACACUGGAGUUGAGUUAUAAUCCAAUUGGACCAGAGGGGGUAAAGGCUUUGUGCGAUGUUCUCAAGUUUGACGGCAAACUCCAGACCCUUAAGCUUGGUUGGUGCCAGAUAGGUGUAUCAGGGGCAGAGUUCAUUGCCGAUUGUUUGAAGUGUAAUACAACAUUGUCUACAUUGGAUUUGCGGGCAAAUGGACUUGGAGAUGAUGGUGCUAUCUGUUUGGCACGAAGUUUAAAGACAAUAAAUGAGUCCUUGAAAUCACUUGACCUGGGUUUUAAUGAGAUUAGAGACGAUGGGGCAUUUGCAUUAGCGCAAGCACUUAAGGCUAAUGAAGAUCUUGCAAUCACAUCGUUAAAUCUUGCAAACAACUUCUUCGGUAAAUUUGGACAGGUUGCUCUAACGGAGGCACGGGAUCAUGUAUACGAGAUGAGCGAAAAGGAAAUAGAUAUUUAUUUUUAGUUACCAUCUUUUUCUCUUUGCACUGUAGCUGCUGCAAAAUGGUUUAGCUUCUGCCUGGAAGGCAUGCUUUUUGCACAAGGCCGCAUAAUGGAGGCUUUUGGGCAUUAUUCAAGUAGAGCAAAGAAAUUGGGGGGAAGAGCAUGGUUUAUGCUUGUCAUACGAAAUUUUGGUAAACUACUUGACUGUGUAGUUUAGUCACUCAGCUGUUUAUAUGCAAUCUUUUCCGAAAAAACUGAUCUUGAAUUAGCAUUCAUAAUUUCAUAUCGACUGUAAUAGCCAAUAUGCUCUUUUCUGGUC